UCUCUAUAGUCUUAGCUUCUUCUGUCUUGUUGAAUUCUUAGUUCCACCUUUUCACUCUCUCUCUUUCUCUCUCGUUUCUCCAUUUUCUCCAUUCUACUUUUCACAACUCAAUGCCUUCCUCACUCCACCAUUGAACCGCAUUACAUCAUUCUUCAUCAAUUUCUACCAUGCAGGACGCAACAAUGGUGGUGCCUCCAUGGUUCGAGCCGCUCCUCACCACAUCGUUUUUCAAUGUGUGUCGCGUUCAUGGAGAUGCUGCGAGAAGCGAAUGUAACAUGUUUUGUUUGGAUUGUAACGAGGAUGCGUUUUGCUUCUAUUGCCGAUCCUCGCGACACAAAGAUCACCGAGUGAUUCAGAUAAGGCGAUCUUCUUAUCACGAUGUGGUGAGGGUGUCGGAAAUUCAGAAGGUGUUGGACAUCAGUGGAGUGCAAACGUAUGUGAUUAACAGUGCCAGAGUAUUGUUUCUGAACGAGAGGCCUCAACCCAAGUCAGGGAAAGGCGUUGCUCACAUUUGUGAGAUUUGUGGAAGAAGCCUCUUGGACCCAUUUCGGUUCUGUUCUUUGGGGUGUAAGCUUGUGGGAAUAAAGAGAAAUGGGGAUGCAAGGUUUGGUGGUUUGGAUUCUAAAAACGAGACAGCAACAAUGGAGGGCAUGUCAAGGAGAUUGGUUUCUUCAAGGUAUCACCAAGAAGAAGAAUUGCGUGAAGGCUCACAACAAGACAUGUACCCGGCCACGCCUUCUCCACCUGCUUCAAACGCAAGGCGAAGAAAAGGCAUUCCUCACAGGGCACCUUUUGCCUCCUAAUUAAUCAAUAAUUAUUUUCUUUUUACCCUCAAACUUGGUGCUACAUGCAUAUAUACUCCACAUAUAUUCAACCAUUUUUUUUCUUUCAAACAAUUAACCCCUCUUUCGGGGGAAUCUGGCUGGUAUAAUUUAUUUUUUUCAGUAAAGAGAAAAAGAAACGGUAGCCUUUGGUGGAGGGUGUCACAACUUGUCCAAUGUCCAUGAAGUGGGAAAGCAAAAGAAAGGAAAGGGUAUAUAGGAAAGUUCCUUCUUUUGAGGUUUGGGUCCCAAAACAACAAAUUAUCCCUUGUGAAGAACCAAUAAUGCAUAUUUGUUUAAUAUUUAAUAGUUGCCAGUGUACAUGUCAUUAAGAAAUUGAAAAGCAGCACUUUGUGGA